GCAGAUACGACCCUAAAAGGCAAAAAAGAGGGAGAGAGGGAGGAAGAUAGAUGAAUUCAUUAGCAGUAUCACUUUACCAAGAAUAACUUGAAGUUUUACAUCUGUAUGGUAUUUACAUGUAAAAGAUAUCAUCACAUUUGCCCUUUUUUUUUUUUUUUUUUGCUUCUUAGGGCCGUACCCACAGCAUGUGGAGGUUCCCAGGCUAGGGGUUGAAGUGGAGCUACAGCUGCCAGCCUAUGCCACAGCCACGGCAACGCCAGAUCUGAGCCGAGUCUGUGCCUACACCACAGCUCACAGCAAUGCCAGAUCCUUAACCUAGUGAGCGAGGCCAGGGAUUGAACCCAAAACCUCGUGUUUCCUAGUCAGAUUCAUUUCUGCUGCGCCACGACGGCAACUCCAGAUUUGUCUUUUUUUUUUUUUUUUUUAAUCAAGGAAAUAUGUUACUAUGUAAGUGCUAGUUAGAUGAGUGAACAGGUUUAUAUAUUAAAAUUAUUCCCAAGUAGAAUUGUAGCUUUCACAAAUCAAAAUAAUGCCGUUAAACCCAACUUUUCACAGAUCAGAAAACAACUAUUUUUAUGUCUGUUUUAUAGUUCUUAAAGUGAAUUGCUAUAUGAGCAUUUUAAGCAGUUUUGCAACAGUUAAGUUUUAAAUAUUCAUGGAUAUUCCUAAUAAACUCUUGAGAAUUAUAUAUAUUGUCUUGAACUCUUUCAGCUGCCUUUCACUGCACCUGAUUGAUAGUUCUCAAGUUUGGCACUGCUCUUGGUGUUCUCAUAAAAAGAUUUUCCCUGUAAAUGUGAAAGCACCUUGUCUGGAUCUUGAAACUAUUACCUACAAAUUGAAAGCCCUUAAAUUUCUAUACAGGACUAGAGCUUAAAGUAGAAGUUGAAUAGCUAGUCUACCCUUUCCCAGCUCUUUGUUAAUGUUCAGAGAUCUAAAUGCUUAACUGGUCAUAUUAUGUUUUGGAAGAAGUUUUAUUAUAAAAUGUCAUUGAGUCUGAGAUGAGAUGGGGGUGGGGCUGAAGGUGUUAAUGAUCACCUAAAUUUGAGUGACUACAUGGGAUUUAUUUUUGAAUAUUUAAUUUUAUUCUGUGCUAGUUUUGCUUAACAUUAACUAUAUGACAAAUAAGGUCUUAGAAGCAUACUGACUCUCUUGGGUGAUGGUCUGAAUUUUCUUUUCGGAGUCUGGAGGCUCUUAGACUGUCAUGUUCUUCAGUAUUUUUGCCCUUCUGUUACUUCUCUGAGGGAGAUAGAGUUAAGGUUACAGUUAAGUUUCCUGACCCCUUUGAAAACACUAACAAUAGCUUUCUCUCUUUAGUAAACUGAUCUUUGAGUAAACAUUGACUAAAACUCUUCCCUGGUCUCCUCUUCUUUUCUUUCUAAGAUCCUGAUAGGAGCCAGAGGGGAUGGGGUUAGAUUCCUUAGGAGCUUUCUUGUCCUUGUUGCCUUGUUCAUGUGGAAGGUGCAACAGCUGCUGUGGCUUGUGCAUUUGUCCUAGUCGCUGCUUUCAUAGUCUAUAUUUUGAUAGUGAUUUUAUCUUUCCGAAUGAUAACUGACGAAGGCAUCUGUCACUUAACUGUUGAUUCUUCACCACACUGAAACCAUUAGGAAAAAUCCUUGUGAUUAACAGCAGAGGCUUCAGAGUGUAACCUGUACUCGGGCCUAGAAAUUAUUUUAAAUGGCGACUGAUACGUCUCAAGGUGACCUCGUCCAUCCUAAGGCACUCCCACUUAUAGUAGGAGCUCAGCUGAUCCACGCGGACAAGUUAGGUGAGAAGGUAGAAGAUAACACCAUGCCGAUUCGUAGAGCUGUGAAUUCUACCCGGGAGACUCCUCCCAAGAGCAAGCUUGCUGACGGGGAGGAACAAAAACCAGAACCAGAUGUAAGUUCAGAGGAAUCUGUCUCCACUGUAGAAGAACAAGAGAAUGAAACUCCACCUGCUACAUCUAGUGAGGCAGAGCAGCCAAAGGGGGAACCUGAGAAUGAAGAGAAGGAAGAAAACAAGCCUUCUGAGGAAACCAAAAAGGAUGAGAAAGAUCAGUCUAAAGAAAAGGAGAAGAAAGUGAAAAAAACAAUACCUUCCUGGGCUACCCUUUCUGCCAGCCAGCUAGCCAGGGCCCAGAAACAAACACCGAUGGCUUCCUCCCCACGUCCCAAGAUGGAUGCAAUCCUAACUGAGGCCAUUAAGGCAUGCUUCCAGAAGAGUGGUGCGUCUGUGGUUGCUAUUCGAAAAUACAUCAUCCAUAAGUACCCUUCUCUGGAGCUAGAGAGAAGGGGCUACCUCCUUAAACAAGCGCUGAAAAGAGAAUUAAAUAGAGGUGUUAUUAAACAGGUAAAAGGAAAAGGUGCUUCUGGGAGUUUUAUUGUGGUCCAAAAAUCAAGAAAAACACCUCAGAAAUCCAGAAACAGAAAGAACAGGAGCUCUGCAGUGAAUCCAGAACCACAAGUAAAAUUGGAAGAUAUCCUCCCACUGGCCUUUACCCGCCUUUGUGAACCUAAAGAAGCUUCCUACAGUCUCAUCAGGAAAUAUGUGUCUCAGUAUUACCCUAAACUUAGAGUGGACAUCAGGCCUCAGCUGUUGAAGAAUGCUCUCCAGAGAGCAGUAGAGAGAGGCCAGUUAGAACAAAUAACUGGCAAAGGUGCUUCUGGGACAUUCCAGCUGAAGAAAUCAGGGGAGAAACCCCUGCUUGGUGGAAGCCUGAUGGAAUAUGCAAUCUUGUCUGCCAUCGCUGCCAUGAAUGAGCCGAAGACCUGCUCCACCACUGCUCUGAAGAAGUAUGUCCUGGAGAACCACCCAGGGACCAAUUCUAACUAUCAAAUGCAUUUGCUGAAAAAGACCCUGCAGAGAUGUGAAAAGAACGGGUGGAUGGAACAAAUCUCUGGUAAAGGAUUCAGUGGCACCUUUCAGCUCUGUUUUCCCUAUUAUCCCAGUCCAGGAGUUCUGUUCCCAAAGAAAGAGCCAGAUGAUUCUAAAGACGAGGAUGAAGAGGAAGAUGACUCCUCAGAGGAAGACUCUGAGGAUGAAGAGCCACCACCUAAGAGGAGGCUGCAGAAGAAAACCCCGGCCAAGGCAUCAGGGAAGGCUGCGUCUAUGAAGCAGAGAGGGUCCAAGCCUGCCCCUAGAGUCCCAGCUGCCCAGCGAGGGAAAGCUAGGCCCCUGCCCAAGAAAGCCCCUCCUAAGGCCAAAACUCCUGCCAAGAAAGCCAGACCCUCACCCUCAGUCAUCAAGAAGCCUAGUGUUGGCUCUUCGAAGAAGCCCGCGGCCAGUGUGAGAAAGGAGGUGAAGUUGCCUGGCAAGGGCAAGUCCACCACGAAGAAAUCCUUCAAAGCAAAAAAGUAAAUUUUAUAGGAAAAAAGGGUAUCUUGAUGAAAUUCAAAAUCUUAUUUUCUAAGGUCAGUGUGCAUUUGUUUUAGUUUCGAUGCUUUUAAAAGUACAUUUUUUCCCCCUCUCCUAUGAACGUUACGGGGAGGGAAUAUAAAUAAACCAAUUUAGGCAUUUGUUAGCUUUAGGUGCUGUUCUUGGUGCCUGCCCCUUCCCCCGGUCAUUUUCAUUUCCUCGGUAAUUCUGGAUUUUUCCUGAACCGUGUAAUCUGUACUUGUCCUUUUUUCUCUUUCUACCCCAACCCUCUUUUGUUUUUUUAUGGUCAGCUUUGGCUUUUUUUUUUUUUUUCCUUCCAGUUUUAUCUAAACAGUUGCAAAGAUUUUUUGUGUUUGUUAGAAAGCAUUAAGAACGGGAUGCUGGUCAGGUGCUGGCAGUAAAAAGGAGGCAGUAUAACACUGACUGGAUUAUAAAGCCUCCUACCUGGAGACUUCAAUUAUAGCUAUAAUAAUUAAUCUUAUUUAUAAAGCCACUCCACUAACCCUUUCUCUCCAACUAUACACAUGGAGAUGUCUUAGCUUUGGGAAUAAGCCAAAAGUAUUAUGAUCUCAUUAGAUUCUGAAGAUACAUGACUUUGGGCCACUUUUCACAUUGAUCAUUUCCAGGUAUUUUUUCCAUUGGCCCCUGGGCAUUGCAUUCCCUCAGCAGCAAGCACAAGAUCUCUCCAUCACUUGGUUUUUGACUGAAGGGGAAAUAUAGGAAUAUAUUGAAUUUGUGAUUUCUGGUGUGACUGUGUUACUAAAAAUCAAAACAUAUAAAAUCUUCUUGAUCAAAUGUUUAAAUAUAUUUUUUAAUAUUCGGAGCAUGAGCUGUCACUUCCUUUUUGCCGUUUUUAUAAGGAAAUGUUGGAGAGUUACACCAUCGCUAAUAUAGAAAUGUUAAGUGGAAGAACAUACAGUUUACUAAAAUAAACUAGAUCCCAGAUUCAUCUGUGGGUUUUUCCCCUCCUUUCUUUCCACAGCACUUUUGAUAACAAGCAAGUGACUUCCUUUUUGAGUUACUUUUAAAAAAAGAAAAAACAAACGAAGCCCGACUACCUAAUAAUCCUUUCUUAUUUGUAUUUGUUUUAGUAUUGUGAAGUUGUGUUAAAAGUACUAGCUUUCUAAGAAGUAUUGAGUUCUGGUUAUCAUUUAUCUUCCCUGUGGCACUUGACAUUUUAAUUGUCUUAAACUCUUGGGUGUAAAUCUUCUGGCUCCUUGCGUGCUGCCAGAGGCAAAAGAUGUUUGUUUCAUUCAUUCCAUUUGCAUUGUCUCCUGGGAUCCUGUCUGCAGCCUAAAGUGUGGCUGGGAAAUGGACUUGAGAAGAUUGGCUUGAAUUAGAUCCAUAAUCAUGUGUGAUCCCAUCAUGAGUUCAUUGGAAUUUGUGUUGCAUGUAAGGCAAUCUUUCCUGUUGUAAAUCUUCCUUUUUUUAUGUACAUAUAUUUUGAAAAAUAUGAAUAAACAUGAAAUUUUAAAAGCUGC